GUCCCCUCACUACCUGCGGGGGGCAGUAACGGGCCGGAAGGGAUCCUGUCUGCUGGAAAUCCAGAAGAAGAAGAAGAAAGACGAGACGAUAGAAGAAGAGUUUUCUUAGUUUUAGUUUUCUUUAGUUUUCUUCGGUUGUUUUUUUAGAGAGCGGAAUGGCUGAAGAAUUGUGGAACAGAGUAAACCUCCAGUUUCCCGGGGCUGUAUCUUGUGUCCGUAUCCGAUUCGGCGUCACCACAGGUAAAACACCGAAGAAGCUUCAGGUCCAUGUAUCUCACAUGGGGAAGAGCUCAUCGACCCUCAGCAGUGUGGGAGGUUUCCGUGGUGUGUUCUCACAGUUUCUGAUGUUUCUGUAUUUAGACGCUCACGUGAAGAACCUGCUGGUGGAAAACGAGAAGGUCCUGAAACUGAUGGGGAGUGAGAGUCUUCAGACGGAGAUACGAGUCCUCUACGAGCUGCUGUACAUCCUGAAGAACAGCAUGAGAGGACACCAGACCUUCAGAGGCUUACAGCAGGUACAGCUUCUCAGCAAACCCCCCCAUAACAGUCUACUGUGUCCACUCUGACAGCUGGAUAAGCAUCAGUACUGACCAGAACCUUCUGUGGUUCCUCUGUCUCAGGUUGAACAAUGCAUCAACAAGCUGAAGAAGAUGAGUCUUAAUGGUGCUCUUCAGGAGCUAAAGGAGAGAUGUCCGAACAGGUUUCAAAGGUAGGGGUGUGUUUGUGUGUGUGUGAAGGUUGAGGGUGUUUCUGUCACUGCAGAUGAAUAUAGAGUCAAAGAAAGGCUUUAAAGAGUUUUAUUAACUAACAAAGUUCACUUCAUAAAGCACCAAAGUUAGAUCUUCAGUCCACCCUCUAUCUCCAAAAUCCUUACAAAAACAGUCAACACUCAACUCCACUCUCACUUAAAGUGAUAUUCCAGCGUAAAAUUAAGUUCAGGUCAAACACACCAUAACACCGAGUUAGACCCCCUCCAGAGAUGAAUGUUGCCGACCGCUUGCUUCUCUAGUUAUACCAACUUUAGUAACGACCGCAGGAUAGCAAUACAGAGAGCCAUGUGCUCAACCAAAACGCCUCUCUAUAGCCACAAAUAAUGCUCAGAACAGCACCUAACUUCAUCAACGGGACAUAUAGGGUCACAGACAUAGUACUAGACACCAAACAUCUUUUUAACUUUUACAACUGUGGUUGUAAGCAUUAUAAAACAGUCGCGAAUACUGAUGAGAACUUUGAGAUUAAUGAGACAGAGCCCCGAGCUGGCGUUUGCUGUUAUCUUCAACCUUUAGCAGCUGUUCUCUCCCAGAAGAGACUCGUGUAGUUCAUGCAGACUGCUGUAAUUCUCAUCAUUGAGUGUAAUUGUGUUUUUGUGUUUAGAGGACUGAGCAUCAAGGCUGGUGAGUGUGACGUUCCCAGUCAACCCAUGCUGGAGUGGACCUGUCUGAAAGUGCUGGGGGCCUCCCAGCUGAUGAGCCGCACGCUGACAUGCUGUAGCAGAGCUUUCAUGUAUCCUUCGUCAGUGUAGCUCUAUCAACACAAGAACAAAACUCUCACUGAGAUUCAUGACGGUUUGCUGCAUGUACUCUCUUACUCUCUGGUCAUUUUCCUAAAUAAUUCUUCAUCUCAGACGCGCCAAACAGCAGAUGAAAUAUGAAGAGUUUGUUAUCCUGAAUGUGGUGAUAACUAGCAUGCUCAGUCGUCUUUGGUGAGUGGAUGAAAACUUCCAGUGGUACAGGGCACACAGCCUGAGGUUUAGCAGUACUUCUUUCUCCAAGUAAAGUUGCUUUUGUGUUUGUCUUGUGAAAACAGUCUAAGUCCGCCUCUCUUCUGCUCUAUCAGGGUGAUGUUCCGAGGAAUCCUGUGUUGCUUGUCCGCUCUGUAUCAGCAGCUCCUGACUCUCCUUAAAGAAGUAGCUGUUGCCAAGCCCAUGCCCUUCCUCACAGACUGCUCUUUGCCAGCAGAUCUGGCUCUCUUCCUGGGUCCCUCUGACACCUUUUCACUGAUGAAGCGGUCAGUACAUGAUCCCAAAGCUGAAGACUGUAAGAGAAAGAGGCCCUCUGGCGUGGUCAAGAACCAUGGACGGACAAAGAAGGCUCGAGAAGAUCUGGGUGUAUCAGUUGAAAGAGGUGUGAAGCUUUUCCAUAUUUCUGUAUCUUGGACAAAGCAGUGAAAGACAAAUCUGAGCUCUUCAAAGUUUUUCUACAAGCCGUCUUGUUUGGGAAAAAAGAUCAGAGUCCGUUGUUCAGUUUUCUGUUCCAGCUUUUGUUUACAUUGCUUUUAAUUUUCACAGAGGCAGUUUAUGUGAGGUUUUAUAGUUCAUGAUGUUCUGUGUUUUGUCACAACCGCACCAUUCAGUAUCCAAUAUCACCAACUGUUUUUCAUCUAUUCUUGUAGGUGUGGUUCCCGAUGCUGACAUGAAGCCUUUUCUCAAAGUUUUUAAAGGUUUUUCAAAGGUAUGUGAAAUUGAAAGAAUGUAGUUCUUAUCAACAUUGCCAAUACUUCUUCCCUGUCUUCUUCUUUUUCUUCUUCUUAUUAGCUGUCAAACCAAUCUAUCUUAUAUUUUUGUAUAACAGGAAAACUUCCGACAAACUGCACAAAAAGAUGAAAGAAAACAGAGAUUGCUGAAACAGCUAGAAGAGGCUUCAACCUUCAUGGACAUGGAAACCUGUCUAGGAAAAAUGAUCAAGUGGUGCAAAUCCAUGAGGAUGAAAACGGAAAAAUCUUUCUUAACCUUCCUGCAGUUAAAAUGCCAAAAGAUGAAAUGCCUGGAGGAAGGAGGCUACAAGUAAGUACAACACUGCUGGAUAGAGUUAAUGAGUGACAAGGGUUCAAAAGUAUAUUACUGUCACAUUAGUCAAAAAUAGAUCAUUAAAUCAAGCUGACAGUUGAAGUGCCUCAGUAGUCAGUUGUGCCUAUUUAAACAAAAAGUUUUACCGUCAGUGUUGAAGUGAGGGGUGACCAGCUCUUGUUUGUCUGUGUAACUUCUUUUGUUUCUCUUCAGCUUUUAUAAAAUUAUUUUGCUUUGAGGUUUAUAUUUGGAAAUCUUGAAAGCCGGUGGGGGGAGAAAUAAUGAGUGGACCCCUUUUCUUUCAUGAAGGAUUCUUAUUGUCAUGUUAUUAUCGCAUAGUGUCUUUAUCAAAAAGGCAUGACAAACUUUUGUUCAAUUUAAGAGUUAUUUGCAUAUAUGAACCAGCGUCGAUGGAGACUUAAAGGGACACUCUGGCGUAAAAUUAAGUUAGGGUUGUUUCUGUACUUGGGUUGCUACGUAGACUAAAUGAAUAUAUCUGCCAUCUGUCUUCACCUUCAGGAUCCAGGGGAGGAUUAAGACCUUCAGAAAGGAAGCUUGCAGGGCUUUGUCUCCUACAGGUUCAGUGCCAAAGUACCGUCAGUUUUCUGCUUCCAAGAUGAAGAAAGCUUGUCUGAGAACCUCCUUACAUUCGUUAAGGAGUCAAUUUAAGUCGUCAAGAUUAAGAACUAGUGUGAGGACAAAAUGGACGAGGACUGAGCUACCAGAGCUGCGACUGCCUGGGGAUAACCAAAAUAACAGGACUUCACAGGACUUAGCAUCUCAGGCUACUGAACAUAACAGCUAUGAUGACAUAGAUGAUAUAUUUGCCUCUGUUGGUUUGUGACCUUUUGAUAACAAACAUUGAAGAAAUGACUCUCUGAAGAGCACUGAGCUCACUGUAUGAUGGUGACUACUGUCUUUGGAUCUUUGAAUAAAAGCUGAAACGCAAACUAAUAAAUGGACAUCCUGGGAAUGUAAUGAAGUGCUGAACCUGAAGAGCUUUUUAUGAACUGAUUUCUUUUGGUUGUAUUUAGAGUUUGUUGCACCUGAAGUAACAAUGGCAUCCAAAAGACAAUAAGAGACUAUUCUAAAGGAAAACUCUAAACACUAAGACAACUUGAGUUUACUUUAGUUUAUAAUCACAUCACUCAUGAUAUGUUGCAUCCAAAACUUAAGCCCUUACACGAGGAAAGGUAUGCUACUUUAUAUAACACAUUUAGGCAACAAGCCAAUUUAAGG